UUAUAUUUCUUGGUAGUUAUUUUUCCAAGGAGGGUUUAUCUACCUCUCGUAAUUGUUGGGUGAUAUCGAGAGAGAGAGAGAGAGCCUGUGCGUCGAAGAAUGGCGAGGUACCGAAGCCGGAGCAGAAGCUACAGCCCUCGCCGCCGGAGCAGAACACCGCCGCGCGAACGCAAGCGCUACGACGACGAUCGCUACGGCGACAGCAGGUCCUACAGGGAUCGCCGCUCUCCACUCCCUUCUGGCCUUCUUGUUCGUAAUCUCCCCCUUGAUGCUAGGCCUGAAGAUCUUAGGGGUCCAUUUGAGCGCUUUGGACCUGUGAAGGAUGUUUAUCUUCCUAAGAAUUAUUACACUGGUGAGCCUCGGGGAUUUGGGUUUGUGAAGUAUCGAUAUGGUGAAGAUGCAGCUGAGGCAAAGCAACAGCUUAAUCAUACCACCAUUGGUGGGCGUGAAAUAAGAAUUGUGUUUGCCGAGGAAAACCGGAAAACCCCUCAGGAGAUGCGUGUCAUUUCUCGUGGAAGUGGUCGACAAGGAGGUAGCAGGAGGAGGAAUCGGUCAAGGUCCCCAAGACGCCGAUAUAGAUCUUAUUCUCGGUCUCCAACACCAGCUCGAGAUUAUUCAAGGAGUGGCAGGGGCAAGGGCAGGGAUAAGGAAGAUUACUAUUCUCCUGACCGAUCAAGAUCUUAUUCUAGGUCACGCUCUCCUAGUGAUGGCAAGGACUAUAGGAGGUCUCCACAUCCCAGGUCUCGUUCUCCUAGUGAUGUGAAGGACUAUCGGAGAUCUCACUCUCCUAGUGAUGGGAAGGGCUACAGGAGGUCCCCACAUCCCAGGUCUCCCUCUCCUAGAGCUGAGAAGGAUUACAGGAGGUCUCCGAGUCCCAGGGAGAAUGGUCGGAGUCCUAAUGAGAAGAGGGCUCGCACACCUAGCAGAUCAAAGAGUCCUAGUCGUAAUGGCCGCAGUCCUUCUAGAUCUGGUUCACAAUCUUACAGUCCACGCUGAUUAGCCAUCAAGAUGUGUUUUUGGAGGAGUGGGGGUUAAUUCAAUUGGGUCAUGUUUGUGGCUGCGUACUGUACCUACAUGUUGGAAUCGAUAUUGUUAAUAUUAAUCUGUAGGCGACAACACGUUUAAAUGUGAAGUAUACUUGAUGCUUAUCAUUUUGGAGUAUUAUUUCAUCUGCUGCCCUUAUAUUGUUCAUUAGCUAUUUCUGAGUUUAGCUGAAAACUUGUUACUUUACGUAUUAUCUGGCUUGUGAAAUGAGAACACUCGUAUUUUCAUUGCA